AUGCAUUUACUUCCUCUAUCACCUUCUACUUCUGUGGAUGAAAAUUCACCCCAGUUGUCCAAAAAGCCUACUUUCUAUGUGGAUUCCAACAAUGGCCUGGCCACUCCUCCUCAGGAUGCUAGGAUGAAGCAAGAUUAUUUCAGCGAGGGACAGCUGAAAGGGCUUGGUCUCACACAACAACAACAACCAAGAUCUGUUGUGGCAGUGAUUGGAGUCGGCUAUGUUGGCUUCGAGCUUGCUACAGGUUUCUCAAAAGCCUACCGUGUCAUUGCCUAUGAUGUAGACCAGCGUCGUCUGGCUCACAUCAAGCCAUUGACAGCUAACAUGAACAUCCAAUGCACCAACAACCCACAAGACAUUGCCAAUGCGUCACACUUCCUCAUCUCUGUUCCCACUCGGCUGCACCAUGACAACUCCGUCGACACACAACAUCUGGAGAGCGCCAUUGCUCUCGUUGCGCAACACGCUUGCCCUGGAUCAACAGUGAUCAUCGAAAGUUCCGUCGCGGUUGGCAUGACCCGUCAGCUCAUCAAAGAUGUUAUGAUCGCCAAGGGCCUCAAGGCCGGUAUGUCACCGGAGCGUGUUGAUCCUGGACGUGUCAGUCCCAGCUUCGAGACUAUUCCCAAGAUCAUUUCCGGGCUUGACGACAUUAUGCCAGGCUCUCUGGCCAGCAUCCACGAGUUGUACGAAGAGAUCUUCGAUGUGCUAGUCCCUGUCUCAUCGCCCGAAGUUGCCGAGAUGACAAAGCUAUAUGAGAACUGCCAGCGCAUGGUCUGCAUUGCCCAUGCCAAUGAGAUGGCCGAUGCCUGCCACUCCAUUGGCAUCAACGCGCUGGAGGUCUCAGCUGCCGCAGCUACAAAACCGUUCGGAUACCAGCCCUACGCUCCUGGUCUUGGAGUUGGCGGUCACUGCAUCCCCAUCAACCCGUACUACCUCCUCACCAACUCGGCAUUCCCUCUCCUGCAGGCAGCGACGGAAAAGAUGGCCGAUCGCCCGGCAAAAAUGGGAGAUCGCGCAAUGCGAAAGUUCCUCGAGCACCACAAAUCCCGGGCUUCUCGUGGCCGAACUCGCGUCCUGGUUGUCGGUGCAGGCUUCAAGCGUGGACAAUCUGUGUUGAGUAACUCGCCUGGUAUUACCCUCAUGCAACAUUUACUGUCUGAGUGGGAGGCGUAUGUUGAGUUUGCAGAUCCUCUUGUCUCAGCGGAGGCUCUUUCAUUUAUUCCUAAACUGGAUGAGAAGACAUCCUGGAACAAGGAGGACUUGGAAAGGCAGUUCGAUAUAAUUAUUGUUGCUGUUGAUCAGGUUGGGCUGGAUAUGAGUGUUUUGGAAGGUCUUGAUGUGAUGGUUGAGAACUUUGUGACAUCAAAGUUCUGUUAG